AUGCAAGCCAAGCAGUUCGAUAUGGAAUCAAUCAAAGACGCAUCACUGAAGAGACAGCUAGCAUACGUAUCCUUCGAGGGGAUGUCCGCAUUGUCACCAAAAGACUAUGCAGCUUUUAAUCAGGCACAAAACGCGGUAUGUAAGAAUGAUCUUAAGGCUGCGUCCAAAGUUGUCCUUCUGACUGAUUCGUAUCCGGCCCGUCGCUACAUCGCAUGCGGUAAUGAAGAUGACAUUGCAUGCGACAGCCGGUGA